CCUAGCUGUAGCUUCCAAAAAUGUCAGAAUGUGCAAAUGUAACCUUUUCCAGGCUAAAGCAAACUUAUGAACGUGGAGAAAACAAAGGCAGGAAAAUGGCCUUCUGAUGAGCCCAACUCGCAGUGCACUGCUCUGAUUGGUCCACUUGACUGUAUGACUUUGUUGUCAGAAAUCUGCUCACUUUGAAGAAGAAAACGUGCCUUUUAAGCAUUUACUGCGAUUUAAGAUACUUCAUCCCAAAACGGUAUUGUUAUGGCUUAUUAGGUUUGAAGCCAUGUCACCAUCACAAGAAAUUCACGGGGCUCAAACAUCACAGACACAUGAAUUAAUCAGCAAUGACGAGUAUAAUUGGUGAUAAAUAAAUUACCCUGGAACUCUGGCCUACCAGUAGUUAUAUAUACACCACUGACAGCACACGCAUUAAUCUGUAUCCUGGCGGCAUGAACUGCACACCGACACGGUGCUCCAUAACUCGCAGCGCAGCUUUUGUGGCCCCCUGCAGCUGGAUCGCAGUGGCCUUGCUCAGCGGCACUUAUUAUGAGUGUGCUAUGAGUGAAACCAUCCAGGUGAAACAGAGUCAGAGGCUGUGUCGUAAAAUGACUGAAUACUCCACCCAAGACUGUCUGAGGAGGUUUCCCUGCAUUCCAGACUCUGAUGCCCAAGAGGCUCUCAUCAUCAUCAGAGCUCACUCUCAGAUUCUUGGCUGGCUGGUGAUCGUCUCCCUCAUCCUCUUCAAUGUGUUGCUGACUUGCCUGGCCCGGUGCACCUCCCCUAUCAGUGACCAGCAGCUCAAGUUCUGGUGGUCGUAUGCCCAAGAGGAGGCUAGCCUCAUGGACCAGUACACCAGUAAGCAUUCCAAGGCACUUGCUGAAAGGAACCUGAAGAGCUUCUUCAGCCAGAUCCCACCGGAACAGAUCUUCACUCCCUCCAAGGAAGAUUGGGAGAAGAUUUCCUCCCUCUACAAGUUCAGCACCAAAAGCCAGUUCUACAGCACUCUGCACAAAUAUGUGGAGAACCAUGGCCUGGCGAGCAUGGGGUCCGUCAAGUCGGUCGACUCAGCAGAGGCUAAUCCAGCUGUUCUUGAUUUCAUUGAUGAAGGCCGAGCAGUUAUAUAAGAUGUGGCAUCCUUUCUCACUUGUCAUUAUGAGUGAAGUUAAACAUGAAUUUCCAACUAAGAGCAAGACUUGCCUGUAAACAUGAUUCAAAGGUGAGUUGGCUGUUUGACUCCCAGCUUAGCACGCAUUCUUCUUCUUUCUUGUGAAAUGCUACUACUUAAUGCUUUUUUGGCAAAACAUUUUUAUUAAAAUUUUCACAGAGAAAAUAAAGCUUAUUGCAUAUUUUGAAUGAAUAACCACGCAGACACAUGCCUAAAAAAUAAUCAUCAUGCUACAAUUAUUCAUCCAAAGGCUGCUCAAUAAUUUUAAGACAAAAAUAUAGGUUUUAUACAAGAUAUAUAUAAUAUUCAAGUUCCUUGCUUAAUAAACGUCUCCAUAUUUUGCUUUGCUUCUCUCCAAUGGAAGUCAUGAAAGCAUCAUCCGUGUCAGGGAAUAAUCCUGACACAAAAUAAUUUGGAGUCUAAUGGUGUGCAAUUCCAUAAAAUUUUAGCCAUUUGCUAAUUUAUUUCUUAACAAAAAUCCUGGUCAUUGCCACAUUAGGUGAAGUUACCUUCACAGUUCUAAAUUUUGUGCAGAUAUAUCUAUUGACGUCAACCAAGGGCACGCACGCCUUCCUUAGCCUGUGUCCUGUGUUUUUACCCAAUGUACUAUAUGUUA